AGAACGGGUUGUAGUCUGGUAUGAAACCGAAAGAAUUGCAGACAGAAAACCAACAAUUUACAGUGAAUGUCAUUAAUUAUAUGUACAUUGCAAGCGUUGAUUGCUAAAGAAAGACACUAAAUAAGCACAUCUUUAUAAUAGUAGUUAAAAGAAAAACUCAAUAUAAAAGUGAAAGUUAAUUUGUCACAUGAUUUCGCGACACAUCCAAAAAUCUUAGAUUAUCUGUUCCUAAUUAAGAAGCAAAUUUUGGUUUGAUUUACAUUAUAAGCGAGUAUGAGACUCAAGGUGUGUCAUCUACUGGGUACUAGUUUAUUGAGAUCGUCGUCAAGGAUACAGUUGAGCACAGUUUCAUACAGUGUUUUAAAUAAACCUGGUGUAAUUGGUCCGCCCAGGACUGUCCCAGACCAUAUCAAGAAACCACCAUAUGUUGCCACAGGUGUAGUUCCUGCCAGUCCAUUAGAGCCAGAAAUUAAGAGAGAUGUAGACAUUCAAGGUACAUGGAAUGCCUGUAAACUAGCUAGAUACGUACUGGAUCGUGUCUCCAAAUCUAUAAAGGUUGGCACAACUACAGAUCAAAUUGACAAAAUUGUACAUGAAACAUGUAUAGCUAACAACGCCUACCCUUCACCUUUAAUGUAUAAAGGUUACCCGAAGUCGGUUUGUACGUCUGUGAAUAAUGUACAUUGUCAUGGUAUACCUGAUGAUAGGCCACUAGAGGAUGGGGAUAUUGUAAAUGUUGACGUUAGUGUGUUUUUCCAUGGUUACCAUGGUGAUGUAUCAGAGACAUUCAUGGUCGGUGAUGUCGAUGAGGCUGGUAGAAAACUAUUGGAAGUUGGUCGUCAAAGUUUAAUGGAAGGAAUAAAAGUUUGUAAACCAGGGACUAGAUUCUGUGAUAUUGGAAACGCAGUUAGUGAAUAUGCGUACUCUGAGGGUUUUGUAGUAGUACCUGAAAUAACUGGUCAUGGUAUUGGCUCGUAUUUCCAUGGACCACCAACUAUUUUUCAUAUUCCUUAUGAAAUCGAUGAAACAAAGUUGUAUAUGCAGCCAGGGAUGACCUUUACCAUAGAACCGGUGAUAUGUGAAGGUACUGAAGAGUAUAAAACGUGGUCAGAUGGUUGGACGAUAGUGUCCAAAGAUAACAGUAGAUCUUGUCAGUUUGAACAUACAGUACUUAUUACACAAACAGGGGCGGAAAUCUUGUCAAAAUGGUACUACAGGGACUAUGGAGAUAUGUAGCGUGAAUUUGUAAGCUAUGAAUGCCAUGGUAAUAAGGAAGUGAAAGCUGGAUGGCUGAUUAUUUAAAGAGAACAAACACAGUAAAUGGUUUAUUUAAAGAGAACAAACACAGUAAAUGGUUUUAUCAUAGGAGUACAGAAAAGUGUUUUGUGGUGUAUGAUUCAACUGUAUUACCAUUAUGUAAAGAAUGUUGACAAUUUUAGAAUUGACUUACUGUCUUAGUUAUAGCAUAUUUAUUGUAGAUAGGAGCAUUUUUUGAACAUUGAUCAUUCCACUCUCUGAACUCACUAGUACUAAUGUUAUAUUAGAAGGGCUGUGACAAAUGUUUGUAGAAUAGAGAGACGGACAGUUUAUACCAACAGGCCAUGUCUCCCUUACUUAUUUCUAAAUGCAUUUCAGUGUAAAUGAAUGACUCUUUUAAAACAUGACAGUAACAGUAUUUUUUGAUGCAUGAUAUUUAUGAAAACAACAGUAAUACCUCUA